GCUCACUCUUUUGCUUUUGCUCUACUCCUCUCUCUCUCUCUCUCUCUCUCCUCCUCUCCCCCAUCCAUUGCAAACGAAGCUUCUCCAGUUCUCCUUCUUCUUCUGUCAAUGGCUCCUCUCAACAGAGCGAGGGAGAGAAACCCAACAUCUGUCCCGAUAAACUAAUUCAGAUAUUAAAAAGAGGAGUAUUUUUUUUGGUUUUUUUACCACCAUUGUGGAUUUUUGUGCUUGGAAAUCAACCUCACUGCAGUUUCACAUCUUGGGUAGUAGAGAGUUUUGGUUGUUUGUUUCUGCGGAGAGGAUUCAAGCAGAAGUUUCAGCUUUUUUGGUCCCUAUGCGAAGAGAUUGAAUCAUCAAAAGGGAAAUCAAAAUGUCGGAAAACUUAAAUGUUGAGUUGUCCCAGAAAAUGCCAGUCGUCGGCCUUAAACUUUGGGUCUUAAUUUGCAUCUGUGUAUUUGCAUUGAUUGUGGCCGCCCUGUCCAUAAUAUCCGUAUGGGUCGCUUGCCGGAGAAAGACAAGGAGAACCUAUGACAAGUUCCCGCUUUUUCAAAUUCCUGACGUCUCAAAGGAAAUCACAGUCGAUAGGGUUUCUGGUCACACCUUAGCUCAAAGUUUCCAUGACCGAGAAGGUCCUUAUUCACACGAUAACUUUAGUGACAAGGAUUCUAGAAAAACAUUGGCACACCUUACAAUGAGUAAGUCGAGUGAUGCUGAUAAUUUGAGUCAGUGCAGCUCAGUUUACCACGUUGAUAGGGCCGGAAGUUCACACUCUGGUGAUGAUGGUAGUUCAGGAGCUACAAGGAGACCACCAUAUUCUCCUCAUUUACUAGUAUCUGCCUCCCCAUUGAUUGGUCUUCCAGAUGGUUCUCAUCUCGGGUGGGGCCAUUGGUUCACUCUUAGGGAUCUUGAAUAUGCUACAAACCGUUUCUCAAAGGAGAAUGUCAUCGGUGAGGGCGGAUAUGGAGUUGUUUAUAGGGGACGGUUGAUUAAUGGAACGGAGGUUGCUGUUAAAAAAUUGCUUAACAACAUGGGGCAGGCAGAGAAGGAAUUUAGAGUGGAAGUAGAGGCUAUUGGUCAUGUCCGACAUAAAAAUCUGGUGCGGCUGUUGGGGUACUGUGUUGAAGGGAUUCACAGGAUGCUUGUAUAUGAGUAUGUUAACAAUGGGAACUUGGAGCAAUGGCUUCAUGGAGUUAUGCGUCAUCAUGGUGUUCUUAGCUGGGAAUCCCGCAUGAAGAUUAUUUUAGGCACAGCAAAGGCGCUUGCUUAUUUGCAUGAAGCAAUUGAGCCAAAAGUAGUGCACCGAGACAUAAAGUCAAGCAACAUAUUAAUUGAUGAUGAAUUUAAUGGCAAGAUUUCUGAUUUUGGUUUGGCCAAGCUCUUGGGCUCAGGGAAAAGUCAUGUGGCAACCAGAGUAAUGGGGACAUUUGGAUAUGUGGCACCCGAGUAUGCAAAUACGGGAUUGUUAAAUGAGAAAAGUGAUGUUUACAGUUUUGGAGUACUUCUACUUGAAGCUGUAACAGGGAGGGAUCCAGUAGAUUACAAGAGGCCCGCAGAUGAGGUGAAUCUUGUGGAAUGGUUUAAAUUAAUGGUGGGAAGCAGGAGAACCGAGGAGUUGGUGGACUGUGAACUUGAGGCCAAACCCUCAACGCGAGCUCUGAAAAGAACCCUUAUAGUUGCUCUGAGAUGUGUCGAUCCUGACUCCGAGAAGAGGCCUAAGAUGGGUCAAGUUGUUAGAAUGCUCGAUGCCGAAGAUAGUCCAUUUCGUGAGGAUCGAAGAAAUCGAAGGAGCCACACAGCAAGCUUGGACAUUGAACCCUUAAGGGAGAGUAUAAGUUCUGCCGAUCUUGACAACAAAGCAGAAACAUCGGCAUCAUCACAAAGCUGAGCAAUUAUAGACAUUUUCUCUUUGAUAAUGAGCUCAAGGAUUUCCAUUAACAUUUGAGUGACUUAGAUUUUGAGAGUGUUUGAAAGGAAGUAGAUAGUACUUUGGUUUAAUUUGUGGGUUAUUGGGUUAUAUUUGCUCUUAUUCUUUCUUUUUUUAACUACCAUUGAGCUGAUAAGAGAUUCAAGGGUCAAAGACUCCUCAUUUUACGCAAUUGGAUCUUUUAUUGUACAGAUAUCUGCAUUAUGUUUUGUUUAAAAGAGUUCUUCAAAUGGCUCAAAGAGACUGAUACUUUUAUUUA